UUUUUGAGUUUUUAACGAAUAUUCUUAUAGUCCUGAAUCUCCUCUUUAAUUUAAAGUUAAAUUUAAAUCCCUACCUCGACUUCAAAAAAAGUUAUGGAUCAAAAAGUAAAGUACUCCCAGCCCAACCACGCCUAUUUCUCAAAUUAAAACUUUUCUUUCAGAUUUAUGGGUAUUGGACUUUCUGAGAAAAAUGUUUCAUUAAAUCGCUUGCCUGGUUGGGACCCAAUUUCUUAUGGAUAUCAUGGGGACGAUGGAAAUUUCUUUUCGUCAUCUGGCAAGGGAGUUGAAUAUGGACCUACUUUUACUACUGGAGAUGUUAUUGGGUGUGGACUGAAUUUUGUGACUAGACAAUUAUUUUUUACGAAAAAUGGACAACAUUUGGUACUUAACUACUUAUUUAAUUUUUUCUAA